UUACAUGUUUGUCACUCACAUUCAAACUUUACAUUUGAGUUUUAUUCACAUUUUUCUUAUUUCCUAAUAUUAAUUGAAAAAAAUGGUAUUUGCCACUACAUACAAAUUUAUGCGACUACAUACGAAUUUGGUAAUAUGAUUAUUUUUCUAUUUCCUAAAGGAUUAAAUACCUCACAUCAUAAUUAUGCCAGGACAAAUCACUGUCCUGAGGAAUAUGCCUCAGCAAAAUCUUUAUGGGGAAUUAAAGCUGUUUAUUUCCCAAAAUAAGCAAAAUCCCAUAGAAUUGACGAAAACUUCAUUAUUACUUCUUAAAAAACUUCCUGCAUGCCGAGGCUCAAUAUUUGACUAUUUUUCUGGUGUUUUUGUUGAAGCAGUAUUCCACUACAUCCAGAGACUUGAGACUGAAAUUAAUACAGGAAAACUUCCAGCCCAGUCAGAAUCCGAUGAGGUCAUUAUAAUUGAGAUACAUACAACUUUAAAUUCUUUAAUCAUAGAAAAUUCUAUUAAUUGGGCUACAACAAUAAGCACAUGGUCGUUAGAACUAUUGGGUGAAAUAUCCACAGAUUAUUCUGGAAGAGCACAUAUCUCAACAAAUUUAAAUGAAACUCUUCAGCUUUGGAUGGGUUGCAGAGCUACAAGAAUGUUAGUAGACCUCAAUACUAAAUGUUUAUCAAGCCUAAUUCAUUCAGAUACAGAAGCUUGUAUAAGUGCUCUUUUGGAUACUUCGGUUAAACAUUCACCAAAUUUUGAUUGGGUGGUUGCUCAUGUUGGAAGUUGUUUCCCUAACACAGUAAUAACUAGGGUGUUAUCAGUUGGCUUAAAGGAUUUCGCUCAAAAUAGAUCAUAUGACCAAGUACAGAGUUCCCCUAAAUUGAAAUCAGUUGUUGGUAUUCUAGGUCAUUUGGCAGGCAGUCAUGCUGCAGAUAUUAGGGAGGCGAUUAUCGAAAUGUUUAUGUGGGGUUUAAAAAAAAGUAAUAUUAGUGAAACAGAUUCCACGCGUCUGCAGAAGAAAGCUACUGUUCCAUAUAUUUUACAGCUCAUCUAUUUAUCUGAUACAUUGCUUUCUUCUAUCUGCAAUGAAACUGAAAAUAUAUUAUCAGUUAAUGUAAUAGGCAAGCUGUAUCAUCAAACAUCUGAUUGGAUCAAAUAUUUUGGAACGCCUGAAGCGAUUGAGGAACACGUUAUAUCCCUGAUAUUAAAAUGCCAAACUGGAGGAUUGCAAAUUUUAAAUCUGUUAAUACAGUGCACACAAGUUACUAAAUUAAAAGGACAGAACGCUUCAAUUAAGAGCGAUAUUCGAGAAAAAUCUCUUGAUCUUUUAGAAAGUAUCCUGCAAGAAAUGGAAGACUCAGUAAGAUAUGAGAACCCUGUAGAUAUCUUGUCAUCUUUGGUAAAGGAUAUACAAAAGAUUAAUGAAAUGCUUUUCAGUCCAAACAAAGUUGUUUCAACUGUUGCAUAUAGGCUUGUAUUGUACCUUGGUCAUAUAAAUCCAUCAAUCCUGAUUAAAUCAUGCACACAUUUACUAGAAUACGCCACGACUUCCGAGCAACUGGCAUUAGUUAUAAAAAUUCUUACCAGUGAACUUGUUGAUAAAACAUCAGUUUUUUACGUGAAAUCGGGCGGCCAUUUUUCAGUAGUUAUAGAGCAAAUUUUAAGCAGAAACAUCCAGAAAUACUCAAUACAAAACGAAGAAACUCUUGAUUUAUCACAGAUGUGGAUGAAUCUCCUGACACUGUUGGAAUGGGAGAAAAAUGGGACUGUGCCAAUAAUGCAUAGUUCACGAUUAGUUACAAGGGCAUUAGAGGAAAACUUUAAUCAUUUAACAUCGGUAUUUGCCAGUGAGAAACAUCAUAUGCAUAUCAUUGCUGAUAUUUUGGAUAAAACUGAGAUUCCACCCGGAAGUUCUUCGUAUAAUCCGCCUAUUAGAGUCAUACUGAAUCUCACACAGUCUGCAGUAAAUUACUUCUUUGCAUGUUGUAGAGAACAAGGAACUUCAAAAUCGAAACUGCUGGGGUUUAAAAAAGCCGCUAGAAUUUUAACGCGGCUGUGUAUAUUCUCCAAAGUAGCUAAAGUAUUAGCAUUAAGGGAAUUACUGGAAAGGGCUUUAUUUAGGGACGACAACGUAUUAUUCGGAGCCAAAAACAGCGUUGUGCACGAUAGCAGCGAGAAGUCUCUUCUAAAACAAAACAAAAAAAUCAACAAAACUAUCCCACUUACAAAACACUCCUCGGUAUUCAACGGUGGAGUCAUUGGCUUGGGCAAACGCAAGGCAAUAAUUCCAGAUGAUAUUUCUCCAGAAGUCGUUGCUGCAAGUACUGCAGAACUAGUCACGAUUUUAAAGGCAUGCUGCGCUUUACCGGAAGAGAAUAAAUAUUCUGAAAUAUCGCUCGAUAGUAUGACGCUUCUUUCGCUGCUUGUGGUGCAGUUUGUCAGCCCCGAUGUCAUGUAUAACGGAUUACCAUGGCCUGAGGAGGAAUUUUCUAAAGUGACAAUCGAAAGGGACUUAUUCAUCAGAAGAAUAUUUACAAACACACCUCUACUCUGGGAUUUAUUGAGCUUUAUAGCGGUUUACAGACCGGCACUUUGUUAUUGUUCUGUACUUAUAAGAGCUUUAACCGCAACUUUAAUUCACCAAUGGAAAAGCAUGGGUGACCAAAGCAAGGAUACCGGCAACGAAAACUACACGAGCCUUUUGGAUACUACAAUAAGGCUUAUUGAUAUUAUGACCUUGGGGCAACUGCUGCCUCCACCAUUGUGUCAUAUAAGGGACGUAUUACCUUCUCUAAGAUGUUUUGAGAUUGUAGAUAUCCUAAGGGACUGCAUAUGGUGUUAUAUGAGAGACCAUAUUCCCUCCCCUGCGUUAUUUAGCUGCGAUCCCUCUGGAAUUCAUUGGAGGGAUCCUGUGGUAUCCAGACCUCAUGAGAGGUACACCAAUACGUUAAGGAUAAUUUUACAGAGGAAUAUUGAUAAAUUGGGACAUUUGUACUCGCAAAUGUUCAUUAAUCUUCCUAGGCAUGAAUAGAAUAAUUAUAGAAUAAUAUUAUAUUUUUAAACAGUUACUGGGUGUUCACAAUUCAAUUUUAAAAAAAAAAUGUAUAUGAUCCCUAAGCUUAUUUCUUGUGGUCAAUAUUCUAUUUUUUUACAAAUUACAAUAUUACAUAAAAAAAAUCCUUAUAUUUUCUUUUAAAUUGUAUGUGUUUGAUAAAUUAUUUAAAAAUCAUAAUUUUUUAACGAAGUGAGCCGUGGAGAAAGUUUUUUAAAUUAACACCCUGUAUAGUUUUAAAUUAAAGAAACUUUAUAUAUUAUAAUACAAAAACUUUAUACAAUUAUAUAGGUUCUGCCCCAGCAAAAUAAAGUUACAGGCCGUACGAUAAAAUAUUUAUCACUUUUUACCUUAAAACAUUUUUAUGGCGAUUUUAUCAACGCACUGGAUGGUAAAAUUAUUUUGCAAGUGGCAUAUUGAGAAUGUGUGAUUAUUGUAAAUAUUUAGAAUAAGGGAGUUUGUAUCAUGAUUAUUUUAUAAUUUAAAAGUAAUUUCAAGAUAUUCAAAUAAUUGAUAAAGGUAAUUAUUGAAAGAUCGGUUAUGUUGAUUAAUGUUUUCUGAAAUUGUUUUUAAAUAUAGAGCACAGAUAGAAAAGUUG